AGACAAAUCCUGUAACUUUAGGUAGGCCACGAUGGAAAUCAUGAAUUUAUGCAUUGCGCAUACGCACUGUUUGCCCGCUAUCAGUCGCAACAAAUUAAUGCGACAUGGCAGCAAUUAGUCCGGCCCUGCUAAAUGAUUUAAAACUUGCGCCAAAACUUUUGUCUCCCCUCCGCUUGUUUGUCCGCUACAUUUUGCGCAAACUUUUAAUUAUUACACACUUGCGAGUUGUUGUUCAAUUUGUUCGCGAUGCUGCCAGAUUAUAAACUUUUGUCGAGUUCAAUUAUGUACGCCGAAUCGUCGUCAUUGUUUGUUCUAAUUCGCUUCCAUCAACUUUGUGCUCUGGACGGCCCAUUUCGAUGUGCAAUUAGUGUGUCCAUGCCGGGAAUGGCGUAAAUUUUUUAUACGAAACUCAGAGCUACUUUGCCUCAGACGGCCUGGUGCCCAAAAUCAAACUACUUUUUCUUUUGCCAUGUUCGAGGCAGAUAUAACCAUCUGGCCGUUUUUCCACUCGGAAUCGGUGGAUGAUAGGCGAAGACAUAUCAUAAGGGUUAUCCUGGAGUUAUGCGUCUUCAUUGUGAUAGGAUUUUUUCACUGGAUCCUGGUGCUAACCCUGCUGCACGAUUGGUUUCUGGACUUGGUAAACAAGCACUCAUCUGCUUUGCUCCUAGCUUUUGUAUUUGGCAUUUUCCUACUUUUCCUGUUUUCCCUAAGUAUGCCGCUAAGGAAAAUGUCCUGUGUCAAUUGGCUGAUUACGUUUAUUAUCGUGGAAUGUGUGGUAGUUUCUCUCAGUGUGUUGAUCAUAUCCUCGGGAGUUCUUUAUAUGCUAGCCGGACUUCUGAUUGUCAGCCUUGCAUUUGUGUUUUGUACACUUAUAGCUGCUCUAAUGGCGUAUGACCUUACAGGCACCGGACUCUACCUUUAUGUUCUAGCAACUGGCACUUACUCACUGAGCAUAUACUCCCUGGUAUUGUAUGUGGUUCUCGACGUGAGCUGGGGAUUUUAUCUCUUCGCAAUCUGUAUCGGCUGUGUGGUGAUGAUGUUCCUGAUGUAUCAUGUGCAGUGCAUCAUGGGCGGAAGAAGGGCCUCGACCAAGUUGUUCGAUGACAAGUUCGCCGCCCUGCUGCUGUUCCACGAGUUCAUAGGCCUCUUUGUUCUAACCCUCUACUGGCGGCCCAUAAUGCAUCGCCUGCAGUUGAAACAAUAAACGAGCAGUCGGUUCUAAGUAA